UGAGUGUAAACAAUUCCGGAUACGGACGCCUAUUUUUUUUCAAUAAAUUUUCAAGCGCCAAAAAUUUUGUGGAGCCUCCUGGAUUUGUCUUCAAUGAAAUCACAAGGAACAGCAUCAAUAACAAUGACGACAAUCAGCAAUAUCCGUGUCUUCCACACUGUGGCCUUCGCCCUCUUCCUCAUCUCCUGCUACUUCUGCGUCCACGGAGACAACGUUCGAGACAAGCAGAAGACGGCGGUGGUUGCCGUGCCAACACAUGAUGCGGUCGAAACAGAUGACAACAGCAUGGAUGCUACUGUUGAAGAGGAAAUGGAUCCAGAGGAUUUGGAUGUCUUUUUGCCUACUGACCAAUGGCAGCCAAUCAAAGAAGGACAGGCAAUACCAGCUGGCCUGCACGUGCAGAUAAGCCUCAAAACCGGGGAAAAGAUGGCCAAGUUGAUGGACGGCGAUGACGGGGAGCGAUAUCGGAAGAAAGCCAGCCCCCAAAAUGAUGACAUCGACACUGAGAGUAAAGAAGGUGGGGAGGGGACUGAUCCACUUUCCCACCAGGAGCUGAAGAAGGCCCUCAAGAAAUUCAAAGCAGAUCAGGACGAUGUCCAAGAUCAGGAGAGGAUUGACCAAAUCAGGCAAAAGUUUCGCUCCAUGGAGGAACUGAAGAAGGAUUUUGAAGAGAUGAAGCUGAAAGUGGAGACCGAUGUGGAGAUCAUGAGACGGCUCGUGGAGAAGUUCCAGCGGGAAGGGGCCAGCGUGGAGGAGCAAGAGGCAGCACUGUUUGACCUGGAGUUCUACGCUCAUCAGAUUGACAACGCACAAGAUUUGAUCACCAUUGGUGGUUUUGACUUGAUCAUCAGAGCGCUGAACGAUACAAGGGAUGUUAUCCGUAAACAGGCUGCGUUUGUCCUGGGCUCUGCAGUACAGAGCAAUCCAAAGGUUCAGGUGGAAGCCCUAGAGCGGGGUGCCAUCCAAAAACUCCUUCAUCUUCUCACCGCCUCUCAGCCAGCAGACAUCCGCAAGAAGGCCAUGUAUGCCAUCUCCUCCUUGGUUCGUCACUUCCCCUACGCCCAGGUGAAGUUCCUGCAGCUGGGCGGUCUGGACAGCUUCCUGGAACUCUUCAGAGAGUCAGACCCAGGGCUGCUCCAGCUCCAAGUCAAGGCUGUUACGCUUCUACAUGACUUGCUGCUGGAACAGAAACUUCUUACACAGGAAUCAGAAGUUGGAGAUGCAUUGAAGCAGCAAAGAAUUCAGCAAUAUAAACAGGUCAAUCUUCUCUCAGAGAUGAUGAAGCAAGGUUGGUGUGAGAUCAUUCCGUCCUUACUCCAAGCACCAGAGCACGACGUCCGGGAGAAAGUACUCCUUGCAAUGCAACUCCUGCUGGAUGAAUGCCAGAUGAACUAUUACAAAGACAAACAGCUCAUCGGAAGAUUGUCAGAGUUGAAGUCAGAGUACGAGAAACAUGCACUAGAGGAGCAGGUGGAAACGGGUGGUACGGAAGACUACUUCACUCAAUUGUCUCAUCUUGUCACGGACAUCAUGGGUCAGCUGUCACUAUCGCCUUAGGAAAUUAUCCCGGAUUAUUGCGAUCAAGUCUUUCUUGCGUCCAGAAACUACAGACCGAGAGCACGGCUUGAGCAGAUGAAAACAGGCAGUUUGGGGAAUUAUUUUUUUUAACCAGCUGUCUCACAUCUUGCUAUGGAAACUGAGGGUCGGCUGCAAGUACCUUCUCAAUUGUUUUUCAAGAAAACUGAGAUGAAGCUUUGUACCCAGCAAUUGCAAACCAAGAGUAAGACUGGAGGAGGUGAAAAUAGUUGACCUUGAUGGCUCUAGCACUCUCGUGCGGUUGACACUAUCAGUGUAAAACUAUCCAAGAUUUUUGUGUCACCUAAACAAAGUUUUGGGAGACACUUACCAGUCCUUAAUUCUGUAUGACCGUAUGUCCGUAGACCCGUACACACCAGAGCUACUUGUUGGGUACUCCUACAAAGGGAAUGGUACCCCACAAGUGAAAUCUUUAGAAAAACGGUACCCCACAGGUGAAAUCUUUACAAAAAGGGAUAAAAGGACAACAAUGUUCCUACCCCAGAACUCCCAUCCGCUUGAUUGUCCAUAUGUUCGUAGACCUAUGUUAGAAGUUUUGAAAACAUGUAUAACUUCUACAAGCUUUCAUGGAUUUUAAUGAAACUUGGAUGCAGUGACCCUUGGGUGGGAAGACAGGAUUCUUUACCGGAUUACUGAGGUCAAAGGUCAUGUAGGGGUCAUUAGAGGUCAUUGUUAAAAUAUGCUUUAAAUGUUUCUUUGGAUGGAGUGAUCCUUGGGUGGGGUUUCAUCUCCACUCUUCCGAAGUUGGAGGUCAAAGGUCGUCUAGGUGUCAUUUGAGGGAGGUCUUUUAAAAAUGCACAAAAUUUGACUUUUUAUCAGAGCACAAAUCAUAUAGGGAUUGACCCUCGGGAAAAGGCGACACAUGCGAAGCAUCCAUGAAACGAGGUUAACUCUGCAGGAACUGAUUGUAAUGGGUAGUGCAAAGGGUUGCAUCACAUCACAGUUACUAACCAUCACCUCAAAACUACCAAAGAUUGUUGCUCUGCUGGAACCCGUCUCCCAUGAACCAAGAGUAAAUCUGGAAGAGCAGUUGAAAACAGGUGUUGGAGAGGGUUGCUGGACUAGUCCGUCUGACCCUCGCAACUGUUACUCUCAAAGAUUGUCGAGAUGAUGAUUUGCUCGAUCCAAUUGCAUCUCUGUAGGAGAAGGUGGAAAUGGGAAGUGCAGAGGGUUUCUGGACUUGCAUCUUCAUGUAUAUUGUUGAUAUUUUGGGUUUGCUGUCGCCAUUUAUAUGAUGCAGCUUCCACAAACUGAGAGGACAACUCUGGAUGAGUAGGUGGAAAUGGGCAGUGCAGAGGGUUGCUGGAGUUUGUGUCAUUUCAUCGUAAAUGAUGUGUUAUAAGUUGUUAUUUUAGUUCGGUUUUAAGGGGUCAGCUAUCAAUCUUUUUGUUUCCUUCAGAAGAAUACCCGGUACAUGUAGCAAUUUUGAAAGAUUAAAUUUUGCAUCAGGAAGAUUUAAAAUCAGUUUUGGGUUUUGCCCUUAACCCUUACUGGUAAGUGCAUACUCAGUGGCACUAGUCUCGGCAGGAAAAAUUUCGAGAAAAAAUAUCAAGCUUACUCAGUUUGGACUCGAACUCACGACUUGCAAUAUCGAUAUCUUGCCACUUAACCAUCAAGCGUGUCAGGGUUGGCUGGCUGGUUCAGAUCUGAUAUAAUCUUGAUUGCGCUGCCCCCCCCCCCCCCCCCACUGCUAUUUAAGAUUUAAACCGGCCAGCCAACCUUGGCAAGCUUAGAUGUGGAACAUACGACAUCUGCACUGGUAAGCAGGAAGUCGUGGGUUCAUGUCCCACUGGAUUAGUCUUAUGAACUGUUUGUCACAAGCUCGUAGUAUACACUGAAGGGCAAAAUCCAAUUUAUAUCGACUUAAGAAGCUGCAUAAAUAAAUAAAUAAAUUGUAAUGCUAAUAAAGCGCUUUCCAUCGUAUCAACAAUCUCAAAGCGUGUUUACAAUUAUUCACCCGUUCAUCAGGUCACGAGACCACACGGCAACCGAUAUCGGCACACGUUUGGCCCUCUACCCUCACAGGUAUCCAUUCAUACUCCUGGGUGGAGUGAGGCAAUUGUAGUUAAGUGUCUUGCCCAAGGGCACAAACACCAUGUUCCUGGCAGGGUCCAAACCCACACACCAUCCUACAUGAGUCGAACACAGUGACCACUGGACCAUGGCAUUCUACAUUGUACCUCAUGACUAAUAACCGUCUUUUUUCACUAGUUAGUGAGACUUACAGAAUAUGAGUGAAGGAUGAAGUUUGAGCAAUGGAGUAAUAAAACAGUUCAUAGGCCUAUGUAAGCCAUUUUCAAACCUCGAGUUGAAUGGAAUGUAUUUGUUUUCUGUUUCUUUGUGAAUAUGCAUAAGUAUCGUUAUUUGAUAAGUAAAACUAACUUCAUUUUACUUGUUCAUUUGAAUAGUCGUGUUAAACGAUUCAGUCUGCAUUUUGACAUCCAAAAUAUCAAUAUUCAGUUUAUUAAUAUUCAAGUAUGUGUCAAAAACAAAAUUGCUUGUGUUUUUUUUUUCUUUUUAAAUGUGAGCAAACCCUGAAUUUGAAAAUUAUCGCUUGAAGAAAUCCUUUUCAAAAUGAAAUGAGUAUUAUAAAUAUAUCGCAAUAUUUAUCUGAUAUACAUGUAUGUAAUAUAACAUACAGUGUAUUAUACUUUUGGGAGUUGGUUUUUAGGUGCUUGGCAAGUAAAAAGGAUUUGGGAAAAUAAAAACACGGUUUCUGAAUUCUGAUACAAA